ACAUUUCAAUGGCAACCGUAGUCGUUGCUCGGUGACCGCAUUUGUGAGCCAGUUCCGAUUACCGAAAACAAUAUUUAACCACUGCUGAAUUGAAUCCCAUAUGUUUAUACCCGACCGGAGUUUUCUACAGCGGUACCGUAAGUACUUUUUACGAUAUGCAACUUCAAAAUUUUCCGUCGCCCUGAAAGCUACUUUUCUCAAUAACGAGUCGGUACUUGUGUUUCGUGCUUUAGUUGUCAAGCACGCUGGUCUUUAGGAAAUAACCGCCAUCUUGAUAGCAACUUGCCCGAACACGCCGAACAGUAUCUAAACGUUAUUCAUGUCAACGCGCAUUCCACGAAAAAAAUAGUUCGCAAAUGUUUUUAUUUUUAUCACCAUAAAUCUAAGAUGGAAGUCUUAUUAAGAUAAGGUAAUAUUUUCAAAUUGAAAGCAAUUAUAAAAGUUGUUGGAUUAUUUGUUGAACAUUUAUUAGUUGACAUUGGGAAUUGAAUCACCCGGAUGUUGGCGUAUGAAUAUUGCAUAUGCUGACGCGAAGAGUCUGGCAACUGUUGCCGUAGGAAUAAACGCCAUAGACACGGUAGCUGUGACGACUGUUUCCCAUCAACAACUAUAAGGUGGUCUACAUUUAAGUGCCAGCAAUGGCAACUCAGACAUAUGUGACAGACUUGCAGGUGAUGAAUCCUGCUGCAGUCCAGAAUGGGAGUGUGGUUAAAACAUCUGCCGCCAGCAGUGGCGGGACUGUACAGACCGGGCAAAAGACAACCAUCAUACAACCAGCACAAGCCCACACAGGACAGCAGUUUAUUGUCACCACAUCAGCGGUGGACCAUCAGCAGUUGGCAGAUCAAAGUCAAACGGAGACCAUCACCAUCCAGCAGGCUGGUCAAACAGUCUACCCAGCUCACCUACAGUACGUAGAGGGCUCUGAGCCUGCCAUCUACGCUAAUGGCCAAAUGCCCAAAGACCUGGUGCUGAAGGCUAGGCACAGUUAUGGUGACUACAGCCAGGGCACCAUGUACACCAAUGUCAGUGGGACAUACUACCAAACCCCUCAGGGAGGCCAGGCCCUCCAGGGUCAGAUCAUCCAGCAGCCAGGCGGUGGGACGUUCCUCAUCCAGAGCGGCACGGUGGAUGGGGACGGAGCCCCACUGACGCACACCACCAGAGCCUCUCCUGUCACGGUGCAAUGGCUAAUUGACAAUUAUGAGACAGCAGAGGGUGUGAGCCUUCCUAGAAGCACACUUUACUACCAUUAUCUCAGGCAUUGCCAAGAACAAGGGUUGGACCCUAUGAAUCCUGCAUCAUUUGGGAAACUGAUAAGAUCAGUGUUUCUAGGUUUGAGGACCAGAAGGUUGGGCACAAGGGGUAAUUCGAAGUAUCACUACUAUGGCAUUCGUAUCCGAGCCAACUCGUCCCUCAACCAGUUCACAGAUGAUCAGACAAUGGCUCUUAGACAGCAACCAAUGUACACGAGUAAAAAGCUUUCCAGUCAUAAGCAAGAAGGUGCUGAAGGGGACACGGGUCAGCCAGGGACACAGAGUGGUGGUCAGAGCGAUGCUUCGCACUCGCAGCAGCAACAGCAUACCCAGUUUCUGGGAGAUGCAUCUCACGCGUUGCCUUCCUUCGGCUCUGUGGACAUGAGCACCGUGCCGCUCAGCGAUGGUGUCACAGUGGAGGAUGUGAGGAACUUUGAGAAGAUGUACAGGGAACACGCAGAGGCUGUGGUGGAAGUUGUGGUGAACCUUCACUUUCAUCUUAUAGAGAACUUAUGGCAGACCUUCUGGAGGAACCCCAGUGCAGAAUCACAGAGCCUUGAACCAUUUGAAAAGAUGGAAAAACGCAUGUCUAAAGAGAAAUUAUAUGCUUUGUGUGGGUAUGAGCCGCUCAUGGCAUGGGUGCGCAAGUCAGACUAUGCCUUCUACCAAGCCCUCGUUGAAAACCUAAAGACAGAAGCACAAAAACCAAUGCCCAGCUCCUUAACCCAAGCUAUUCGUAACUUUGCAAAGAGUUUGGAAGGGUGGCUGAAGAGUGCUAUGCAAAAUGUACCCGAGGAAAUGGUGAAAACAAAGCUUGGAGCUGUGUGUGCCUUUGCUCAAACCCUGCGGCGCUACACGUCCUUGAACCAUCUGGCUCAGGCAGCGCGCGCCGUGCUACAGAAUACGUCUCAGAUAAACCAGAUGCUCACAGAUCUCAACAGGGUCGACUUCACUAAUGUACAGGAGCAAGCUUCCUGGGUGUGCCAGUGUGAGGACGUGCUGGUGCAGCAGUUGGAGCAGGACUUCAAAAAUACAUUGAAGCAAGGCAACUCCCUGGAACAGUGGGCCCAGUGGCUGGAGGGCGUGGUCAACCAAGUUCUUAAGCCACAUGAAGGCAAUGAGAAUUUCCCCAAGGCAGCCCGUCAGUUUUUGCUCAAGUGGUCUUUUUACAGCUCCAUGGUGAUAAGAGAUCUGACACUACGUAGUGCGGCCAGCUUUGGCUCCUUUCACCUGAUCCGACUGCUCUAUGAUGAGUUCAUGUUCUAUCUGGUGGAACACAAGGUGGCCAGUGCCACAGGGCAGACGCCUAUUGCUGUGAUGGGUGAGGUCAGACAGUUCCACGAUCUGAGCAGUGCCGUGAACCUGGGCACCAUGGACGUGGAAGAUGACGAGUCUUCAAACUCCUCUCAACCCUCCAUGACUGGAGUUCAGACUCAACUUCAGGCUCCAAUGGUCCAGAGGGUUUCCAUGGUAACCACACCAUCCACCACGCCCACUCCAACAACGUUGAUGCUCGUCACCUCCAAUUCAGCGAACACAGCCGGCACUGUGGGCCAGCCCACCGUGGGCAUUCGUCCUGCUGCGGCCCUCGGACAAGCUGGCACUCCUACGGCUAUCACUGUCCGACCGACUGCGAAUGGUGUGGGUGGGCCCGGGGGCCUGGUGGUGCUGUCUGGCACUUCGGUGGCUGGAGCCACGCCUGCCCACUCUGUGACCACCCCAGCUCAGGGAGGCCUGCCCACCACACUGGCCGUGCGCACUGCCACCACCGCCAACCCCAAUGCCAGCAAAACACACACCAUCCUCGUGAUGCCAGUGUCCUCCACUGGGGCUGCCGAAAUGUCUGCUGCUAAACGAGUCAAGACAGAAUGAUCCGGCACGGCUGCCCUCUCUCACUCCUAGCUUGUAUUUUAGCAAAACGAAGAACAAUUUUGCUAUGCCAAAGGAUAAGGGGGCAGUGUGAUUUCAGUGAAAAAUGAUAUCUGCAAAGUCGCAUUGCAAGUACACAGACGAAGGAAUGGGCUGCUACCGACAUCUGUCAGCAGACACUCUCUGAUGUCUGUGUCCUGCCCUAUAUGACACCUGUUGGCAUUACGCUUGACAACUGGCAGUCUCGCUCUCGAUGUCUGUCAGCUGUCUCUCUCCGACAUGUGCCGGCUGCCCUAUCCGAUGUGUCAGAGCUACCUGACAUCUGUCCUCAACAGCUACUACUUUCUGACUCUAAAGCAUGUUUGGUGUCACAGAAGUUUUGCUCAUGAACAAGCAAAACUGCUCCAACCAUUGGUCAUCUUUGCUGGGUCAACGUGUCAGAAGUAGGUGUUACUUUUCCCUUACACAAGAUAUAACCCCCCUCUCCACCCCCUCCCAGUGCUCUGCAAUUAUGAAACCUUGUAAAUCAAAAAUGUUAUCCUUGGCGCAGUAUUUUGAGUGAUAAACAAAUGCAAAAGAUAGUUAUCAAAUCUAUGCAGACAGAAUGGAAUCGUUGUUCUCCAUGUCCUGGCUCUAGACAAAAGUGUGUAUACAGCAGGCAGCACAAUGUUGAUGUGUUUGUGCUGGGAUGAUCAUUUCUCCAUGUCUGUGGAAGAGGGGCCUUUCUCGCUCAAGCACAGUGGUCUCUGGGCACGGUACCUGGAGCACUACCCGAACCUGUUGCUAGUGUCAGUUUUGUUUGCCUGUGGACAAGAAAGCAUUCUUUUUCAAAGAAAGAUUUUCUUAUUGAAAACAAAUUGUUUUACUGCUGAUUCCGUCCGUUGUUCUUGAAUGUCAGUGUACUGCUUCCAUGUUCUCAGUCUCUGGGUUUGUGUUACCUCAUUCCUAUCUCAAACUGGGUUGGCUAAUCCAUUCAUAUGUAAUUCUUUGUAGCUGUAGCUAUUGUAUUAUUCAGGAAACAUUCUGUAAUGGCUUUUAUUAGAUUCGUCUAAUUUUCUGGCUAGCAAUCAGUUUGCUUGAUUACUGUCUAAAAAAUAAAGAACAUGAAAUUUAGAGGAUGGGUUCAAGAAUAUCCUAACCAUUUUUAAGUAAUUGAGGACACCAUGUUAAGAGAACCAAUCUGCCAGUUACCAGCAGUAUUUUUUAUUUAAAGUGAUUUGUCUUACUGAAAACUGCUGAUACAUACCAUUGUCAUCUCUAUCUUUUAACUUGACAAUUAUGUCAUCAAAAUCACUUAAAAGCUACAGUAAUCAAUUUUGUGGAACAAGUAUUCAUGUAAUAUACCUGUCUGCCUGAAAAAUUGUUCACUUUUCUUUGCAUUCCCAGUACAUGUGAGAAAAUGUACUAGAAUGUGGCUGCCUGCAUUUUGUAUUAGGAGGCAUGUAGUGCGAGUCUCAACUGAAUGUGGAAGAUAUGUUUCUUGCUUUGUGAGGGAUUGGAGGCAUUAAUAUGAAUGGUUUUGUGGUAAGUUAUGGAGAGACCAACUACUGUUGAUGUACAGGACUGAUAGAGCUGAAUGUAAUAUGCACACCAUGUGUUUGGGUCCUAGUUCUAAUCUCUGGUUUAUUGGAAUUUCUGUGCAUUCAGAUCAAAGAUCCACACCCGUGUCAGUCUACGUAGAUGGAUAAAUUUAUUUCUUAUCUCAUCUGCUCUAAUGUUCAGACUGGAGUCCUACAUCCUACAGUUGAGGGGAGUUUGUCAAGCUAGCGUUACGGCGGCAAUAUAAUUUCUACUUUGAAGUCCCGCGCAGUGGGGCAAGUUCAGCCAGGCUAAUUUUUGCGAACCCCUUUUUUGUUGAAAUAGUUCAAUGUGAUAUAUUUGUACUCCUGGUCAAAUUUUGAUGUGAAAACAAACCAAAUAAAAUAGAAUUAGACUUUGUCUUGGAUCAUCAAUUCCCCCCCAAAAUUACAACCCCAGUCAGCUGCCGUCUGUUAAACUGACGGGUAGAUGUGGGUCUUUGGUUAGAUUUUGGGUUUUGGCGCCAUGAAGAGCAAGGUGUUGGUUUGGGUUGAGCAGGGACUGAAUGUUUCUGCCCAACAAAAUUAUAAAAAUGUUGAUAGUUUGGUUAGUUGUUGAGCAGGCAGACAAAAGUGAUGUCAUGAUGUUUUCCCAGUUGUUGUUUUUUUCACUGUAUUUCAGAGGGUUAGAGUAGCGACAUGUUUGAUAUCAAGUGCAAGAAUCAUAGUACAAAU